AUGUUCCCUUUGCUCAUUGGGGCUGGACUGAUGGUUCUGAACCUAGUGACCCCUGCCAGAUGCCAGAAAACAGAACCCCUCAGUGGCUCUGGGGACCAGCUACUCUUCCGGGGAGCAGAUCGCUAUGACUUUGCCAUCAUGAUCCCUCCAGGAGGCGUAGAAUGCUUUUGGCAAUUUGCCCACCAAAGUGGAUACUUCUAUUUCAGCUAUGAGGUUCAGCGGACACUGGGAAUAUCUCAUGAUCGGCAUAUUGCUGCCACUGCACAUACCCCACAAGGUUUUCUCAUAGAAACCUCUCAGAAUGUCCGGGGCCAGAUUAACUUCUCUACCCACGAGACAGGUUUUUAUCAACUUUGUCUAAAAAAUCAGCAAAAUCACUUUGGUUCUGUGCAAGUGUACCUCAAUUUUGGAGUCUUCUAUGAAGAGCCUGAGAUAGACCAUAAACAGAACGAAAGAAAACAACUGAAUGACACUCUGGAUGCAAUUGAGGAAAGUACACGAAAGGUACAGAAAAAUAUCUUUCACAUGUGGCGUCAUUACAACUUUGCCCGCAUGAGGAAAAUGGCUGACUUUUUCCUUCUCCAAUCAAACUAUAACUAUGUGAACUGGUGGUCGAUGGCCCAGAGCCUUGUGAUUGUUCUUUCUGGGGUCCUGCAGCUGUACUUCCUGAAGCGUCUCUUCAAUGUUUCAACGACUACUGACACAAACAAGCCAAAAUGCUAA